UUACGCGCUGCAUCAUCGGGCUGGGUCUGGAGGAAGAUUUAAGAAGAGAGGAAGAGGAAGCGGCGCUAACUUCGCUCACAAGUCGGCCCACGCUGCCCGCCAGGUCUUCGCCGACUCCGUGGCUUUGGAACCGGCUAAACUCGCGGAGAAGCUUUACCCUGCCGUGAAGAGGAAUCCACUUCAGCUUUGAUGAUUUAAGCAGAAAAUUCUCAUCUUGAUAAGAUCACUGGGUCAAAACAAUACACAACAGCCAGUAUGCUCCAACAGAUUCAAGAGAUUGGCUCACAUGCCAUGGAUAUCUAUGACUACCUCUUAGUGGGAGUUGAUCCACGGCUGAAGGGUUAUCCACUGAUGGAAAGUCCUGUCCCCAUGUCUGUGAUAUUGCUGUGCUACCUGUUCUCCGUGCUGUACCUCGGACCUCGAAUCAUGGCCAACCGCAAGCCCUUUCAGCUCAAAGAAGCCAUGAUAGUCUACAACUUCUUGCUAGUUGCACUGUCGAUAUUCAUUGUGUAUGAAUUUCUCAUGUCAGGAUGGGCAACAACAUACACAUGGAGAUGUGAUGCCAUUGAUACCUCUGACAGCCCUCAGGCUCUGCGAAUGGUGCGAGUAGCUUGGCUCUUCUGGUUUUCUAAGAUCAUCGAGCUGAUGGACACAGUCUUCUUUGUGUUGAGGAAAAAACAUGGCCAGAUCACCUUCCUUCAUAUCUUCCACCACUCCUUCAUGCCCUGGACAUGGUGGUGGGGUGUUGGCUAUGCUCCUGGUGGAAUGGGCUCUUUCCAUGCUAUGGUGAACUCUUCGGUCCAUGUCAUCAUGUAUUUCUACUACGGUCUUGCCGCUGCUGGACCCCGUUUCCAGAAGUUUUUGUGGUGGAAGAAAUACAUGACAGCAAUUCAGUUGACCCAGUUUGUCCUGGUCUCUCUCCACGCCACCCAGUAUUACUUCAUGGACAGUUGUGACUACCAAUUCCCCAUGAUUAUCCACCUGGUCUGGAUGUACGGAACCUUCUUUUUCGUGCUCUUCUCCAACUUCUGGGUCCAGGCAUACGUGAAGGGUAAGCGGUUGCCAAAACAGGACAUCAAGCAUUAUCAGAACGGCACAAGUGUGCACACAAAUGGCAAAGCCCAUGAAAACGGCAGUGGCAUCAACCAUGGAACUGGCAACGGCGUCCACCACGGAGCUACCAAUGGCUCCGCUCACCACGAGAACGGCAGCGCUCACAUGAGCAAAAUGAAGAAAGCCUAGGACCUCUGGAAGGAAAUGUCCAAGAAGUAUGACCCUGUGAACCUGUUAAAACUACUACGGAUUCCAAAGAUAAUUUUGGCUGUUUCUUUUCCUGUCUUAAGUUUCAUAUGUAAAACGUGGAAGAACAAUGUGGUCAAUGAUUUCCACAGCUGGGGUCCCUUGUUUGGUCGGUUGGUUUGUUUGUUUCUUUACAUUGGGGAACCACCUAUGGAACACAAUAUAUGAAGAGAAGAUGUUUUCAGCUAAAUAUGAUCUUCACUGAUGUUGCAAACAACCUCCUAUUUCAGUAUGACAUUGGUGGCCUUUCACCGCACUUCUCCUCCCUACUUAUUUGUCCCCAAAACUGUCCUCCCAGCCCCCCACUGUGGACAGAUGACUGUACAGAUUCAAACUUGAAAACACAUUUUGUAAAUAGUUUUACAGCAAACAAGAGAAUAACUAAUUGUAUUGGUAUGCUUUAGACUUUCUAAAUUUUGUUACAUUGUGUAUUUUAAAUUAAAACGCAAAUAAAUUCAAAUUGUAAUUGUUU